AUGGCAGAAGGUCAGGCAAGAGCGCUGAUGAAAAGGAUGGAGAAGGAUAACGAGAUGAUGACUUCAUACGAAGCUGAGUUCAGAAAACUGAAAGAACUUAGAUUCAUCUCUAAAGCAGACACCAAUUUUAAGGGUAUCUACACGAUUCUACCCCAUCACCCAGUUGUCCGUAAAGACAAAAUCACCAGCAAAGUGAGACCUGUUUUCAAUGGUUCUGCGAAGCCGAAAACAGGAUUCAGCGCCAACGACUGUCUCGAAGAAGGACCCAAUCUGAAUCCUGACAUUCUUGAUGUUAUCCUGACGUUUAGGCUAAAUCCAAUUGCCUGGACAGCUGAUAUCCGACAAGCAUUUUUAAUGCCCGGCAGUGCUCAGGACCGUCCUAAAGAAACACCUCGAGUCAUACAAAGGCGAACUAGCAGUAAGCAGUCGCCAAAUGUUACGGCAUCUAUAUGUAGACGACUACUUGUCAAAUGCGCCUACAUUAGAAGCAGCAAAGACCGUAAUCGGUACGGUACUCAAACUUUUUCAGACGCAAAGAUGGAAUUGAGAAAAUGGGUAACUAACGACCCGCAGCUGCGAGAGUAUCUACAACAGAGCAAUUUGACAGACGACUCAUCCGAUUCGUACUCGUGUCUUAAUUUAGACCCACAAAAGGUACUAGGAGUGAGGUGGAAUACCAGCACAGAUUGCUUCUAUUUCAAGUCUGACGUAAUCGUAGAUGCAGCCGCAAAAUUCAAGCUACUCUUCCAGGAAUUGUGGCAAGAAAAAAUCGGAUGGGAUGACAAUGUGAAUUCACAAACGGAGAGUCGAUUCAGAGCUAUAGUGGAAGAUUUGAAAGGUAUAGACAGAAUCCAAAUACCUCGCAUGAUCUCAACAGCACCGACAGAUGGCAGCACCACUCCCGAAAACGAAGUUUCACUACCAAGGCUAGAACUGCUUAGCGCCGAACUCGGCAGUGUCUUAGCUGAACGAAUCGUAAACGCAAUUGACAAAGUGAAGUGGGAAGUGACACUAUGGACUGACUCUAUGGCAGCGUUAGGUUGGAUCAAAGGAGAUCCAAGGCGAUGGAAACUAUUCGUACGGAAUAGAGUAGAGACAAUUCAGAAGAGAUUCAAACCAGAACACUGGAAACACUGUCCUGGAAAAGACAACCCAGCGGAUUUCGCAUCUCGAAGUUGCUCCGUCAAGAAGUUGACAGAGGCUUUUUCCUGGUGGGAAGGUCCCUCCUGGCUGAAACAAGAAUCGUCUGAAUGGCCUCAGCAAGACAACCCAACUUCGGAUGACCUACAAUUAAUGGAAGUCGAAACGAAAUCCAAACAGAGAAUACAAAUUCUAGCAGUUUUCAACAUGCCAGAUUGGUUGGAUUCACUGGUUUUGAGAGUAAGCAGUUAUCUGCGAUUACUGAGAACAAUAGCCUGGAUGUACAGACUCAUGAAGAAGUUACCGCCCGGUAAGGCAAUAGAAACAGUCGGAGUAGCAGAAAUUCAUUGCCUCUCUGUCUGCGAAAUCAGCACCGCCGAGAACUUCAUUCUAAGGACUAUUCAACAGAAAGCGUUCCCAGAAAUUUAUGGAUCCCUUAAAGAAGGAAAAUCCAACAAGAAACUGCUACGCGAUCUCGACACAUUACGACCAAUCUGGGACGAAAAACAACAACUGAUACGAGUGACAGGUAGAGUAGGUCCAGCCUUAAGAGACCUACUUAUUGAACCGCCGAUACUUCUCCCUGCAAAUGAGAGAAUAGUCGACUUGCUGAUCCACCAUCAUCAUGUCAAACGGAAACACACCGGUGUUCAAUCAACAUUAACCUAUCUCCGUAAUCGGUUCUGGAUUAUUCGUGUUCGACAACGCAUCAAGAGUGUCAUCAAGCAUUGUGGAAAAUGCCAACGAGCUCAGUCGCGCCCUUUCGACGAAGAAGCCGCUUCCAUGCCUUUGGAUCGUACCAAGAAGGCACAGCCAUUCGAAAUCAUUGGAAUUGAUUAUUUCGGGCCGAUGUACGUUUUGGAAGAGGUCCUUUUGAUUGAGAAAGACAAGGAAGGGAACGAUGUCGAGAAAACUCGGGUUGGUGAAAAAAAGGUGCACGCGUGUUUAUUCACUUGUGCCGUCACAAGAGCUGUACAUCUUGAGCUCGUGACAAUCCUUACCACGAAAACGUUCAUGCUCGCUCUACGCAGAAUGAUGUCCAGAAGAGAAGAUUGUAAGACAAUCUAUAGCGAUAACGCAUCAACAUUCACAUGCGCCGCUAAACUUGUAACAGAAGACCCUACUUUAGCAAAUUGGCUAUCAAGUAAGGGAAUUGAGUGGAAAUUCUCUCCGAGCUUGGCACCCUGGUGGGGCGGGUUUUGGGAGAGAAUGGUGCGUUCGGUAAAGGAGCCGUUACGCAAGGUAUUAGGGAAAAUGAAGGUGAGCUACGAUCAACUUCACACCAUCCUGGUGGAAAUUGAAGCAAUCGUGAACUCACGACCUCUCACAUAUGUUUCCGGAGACGCACAAGCGUAUGAAGUGCUAUCUCCACAAAGACUUUUGACUGGAAGACAGCCUGGCGCCACGCCGGAGGCUUCCGAGCUGACCACAAUGAGCCACAACGAGCUGAUCGACUUAGAUAAGCAACGUAGCGAACACGCUCUAACUUGGUGGAGGCUAUGGCAAGAAUCUUACUUGUCCGACUUAAAAAGAUUCCAUUGUCGCAAGGGAAAGGGAGCCAAAUAUCAAGCGUGUUUCGUGGCCUACGGCCAUUAUAACGAAAUUGAUUCCCGGCUAUGA